GAUAAUUACCCUUUAUUUUUUUUGGUCUUGUGUACGGAUUAGUAGCCACAGCACAUGCUGGGCUAACUACCCACGCACCCCCCUCAUUCUCUAUUUCUCGCCUGCUAUCCUCUCUCCAUUGAAGCAGCUUCUAAGGUACGCGGGAUUAUAAAAAUGGGAUUUAUUUCCGUUGGUGGAGAGCGGCCGCCCCUGUUGCCCUGGCUCAAAGACGGACCUGGCUAUUACAUCCGUAACCUGAAUAGGUUGCAGUAUCCCUCUUUCUUGGCAAAGGUUAAUAUAGUUCAGUAUCCCUCAAUCUUGGCAAGGGUUAAAAAUGCAUCUCUGACGGCCAAUAAUUGGAAAGAAGAGCAAGCUAUAGUUUCAUUCCCUGAUAGUAAAGCUUUUCAAGAAGAGGCAACAGAAGACGGUGGAAAUACAAAAGAGGAAGGUGACCUUGACAACAUGGAUAAUCUUAAAAUGAUCCGUGUUUGUGACAAGUUGAUUGAAGUUUUUUUGUUGGAUAAACCAUCUCCAACUGAUUGGAGAAGGUUGUUAAUUUUUAGCAAAGAAUGGAGUUCUAUCCGACCCCACUUUUUUAUGCGUUGUGAGGAAAGGGCAGAGAGUGAAGACAACCCUGAAAUGAAACACAAGCUACUUCGGCUUGGAAGGAAGCUGAGAGAGAUUGAUGAAGAUGUCCAGAGAGCUAAUGAACUUCUUGAGGUAGUGAGAGGAUCCUCAGAAAAUAUUAGUGAAGUAGUUGCAAGGCGUCGUAAAGACUUCACUAAGGAGUUUUUUGAGCAUCUUCACACUGUUGCUGAAUCUUAUUAUGACAAUCCUGAGGAGCAAAAUGCUGUGGUGGAGCUUGGGAAUAGGUGCCUAUCUGCGGUACAAGCUUAUGAUACAGCUUCUGAAAGCUUAGAGGCUAUCAAUUCUGCUGAAGUGAAGUUCCAGGACAUUAUCAACUCUCCCACUUUAGAUGCUGCUUGCAGAAAAAUAGACACCUUGGCUGCGAAGAAUGAACUUGAUUCUGCCCUGGUUUUGAUGAUAACAAAAGCUUGGUCUAGUGCCAAAGAAUCAAACAUGAUGAAAGAUGAGGUGAAGGAUGUGUUAUAUCAUUUGUACAAGACUGCAAGAGGUAAUCUUCAGAGGCUAAUGCCAAAGGAGAUCAGGAUUGUGAAAUAUCUUCUGACAAUUGAGGAUCCUGAGGAGAAACUAUCUUCUCUGCAAGAUGCAUUUACUCCUGGAGAAGAGCUUGAAGGGACAGACGUUGAUAAUUUGUACACGACACCAGAGAAACUACAUACUUGGAUAAAAGCUGUGGUGGAUGCAUAUCAUCUCAGCCAAGAAGGAACACUGAUUAGGGAGGCAAGGGAUUUGAUGAAUCCAAAAAUUAUCCAGAAGUUGGAAGAACUAAACAAAAUUGUUCAGGAUAGGUUUUUGUAAGUAAAUUAAAAUGUAGCUCAAAAUACUGUCCAAGAUUGGCGUCUGGUUAACAAUGUGUGUCCAUAUCCUAGGCCGCUCUAUCUCUUUCGAUUAGAAAUGUAUUUACUCAUGACUGUACUAAUAUAUAAUUUCGUCCCCCCUAUUGGGGUUAAUUAGUUUAGUAGCCUUUUAUAUUGUUUA